AUGCCUAAGCCGUCUAAAAACCAUCCAUGGAAACUAGGUCUAUCCGGACCUGUCUCUUACGCCAAUCGUUCGAACAGCACCUGGCGCGGCUUCUAUCGCCCGCCAGAUGAUGCCAGCCCGGUAAAAACGUUAAGCGAAUCCGAAAUUGAAGCGUUGGGCCUGCAACUGGUUCUACCGGUGCAUGAAAUUAUGGAAGCGCGACGCAUGUGUCAGGAACAUCACCCUGACCGCGGCGGUGACCCGGAAGUAUUCCAGCACUGGAAAGAAAAACUCGACAGACUGAAACGAAGGGUCAGAAACAACGCCGCUGAUUCUCUGGUGCAAUAUAAAACCACCCCUCACCAGGCGGCUUUGUCCUGUCGCGAUCUGAUGAGUGUCUCAACCUUCGAUUUCACCGUGGUCAGCAGCACCCUCAUCGAAGCCACCGAAUCUGUCCCCCGACACUGCCGCAUAGACGGCCUCAUCCCUACCGAAAUACGUUUCGAAGUAAAUCUACCGCUGGCAUGGAAUGGCCGCCUCUACAUGUAUGGCAACGGUGGACUGGCCGGCACCCCAGCGGAUGACCCGGCACGCCGCUAUGCCGCCGGUCAGGCUUUGGCCCAUGGAUUUGCAACCGCGUACACGGAUACGGGCCACGACAAACGUGUGCAGCCCGGCGGUACAUUUGCGCACAAUAACUUUCACAAACUGGUGGAUUACGGCUUUCGUGCUGUGCACCUGACCGCAGUUUCAGCCAAAACUCUGGCUACUCACCUGUACGGCAAAGCACCGGCGUACAGUUAUUUCAACGGCUGCUCAACUGGUGGCCGUCAGGCAUUGAUGAGUGCACAGCGUUUUCCUCAGGAUUUCGACGGCAUUAUUGCCGGUGCGCCUGCGGCAGACUAUUCCGGCCUGAAAUUUUCUCAAGCCUGGCGCGUGUCUGCGAUCAGCAGAUCUGGCCUCACUGAAACCGAAGCACUGGUGCUCGCCGGUCAUAUCUACGCAGCCUGCGACGACCUCGACGGCACUAAAGACGGUUUGAUCUCGGACCCCAGGCGCUGCGACUUCGAUGUCGACCGGGACCUGCCACAUUGUGAAGGUGCAGAUACCGACGCCUGUUUUGAUCAAGCUGAACGCGAGGCCCUGAAGCAGUAUUACGCGCCGGUAAUGCUUGCUGGAGAGGAAGUUUAUCCAGCCAUGCCAGUGGGCAGCGAAGUGCUGGGCGCCACCUAUACACAGGAAUUACGUUCCGGCUGGUUCCCCUGGUUACUUAACGACAAUGGUCCUGUGCUGCUUGACCUGCUGGGCUCCGAUUUCUUUCGUUACAUGACUUUUAUCGAAGACCAACCAGAUUACGACUGGACGCAAUUCGACUUUGCCGAACGCCCGGAUGGUCUUGACGGGUUUUCAGCCAUAGUUGACGCCGUGGAUCCUGAUCUGAGCCGCUUUAAGAAUCGAGGCGGCAAACUGUUGAGCUAUUUUGGCUGGGCGGACCCGGACAUAAACCCGCUGACGCUGCUGGCCUACCGGGCAGAGGUGGCAGCCCUGAACACCGAUGUCGAUAGUUUCUUCCGUACCUUCAUGAUGCCGGGCAUGUUCCAUUGUCGCGGCGGCGCAGGACCGGAUCGUUUUGACGCCAUCACGCCGCUGAUCGAUUGGGUUGAACAUGGCGUCGCACCAGAAGAGUUAGCUACCUGGCAGGUCGACAGUAACGGCGAGCGCCACAAUGGGAGACGCGUCAUGCGCCUGAUCAGCUUGGUUUUGCUUUUAAGCGCCACUAUUUCAACCUCCGCGAUAGCCGAGGGCUCUGCCACUGUAGAAUACACCGCCCUGAAAAAUCUAAGCCACGGCUUUGCGGACAACAACGGCGUCAAAAUUCACUAUGCCAGCGUCGGCGAAGGCCCUCUCGUCGUGAUGAUUCACGGCUUCCCGGAUUUCUGGUAUUCCUGGCGCGACCAGAUGGCUGGCUUACAGGACAACUACCAGGUUGUUGCCAUUGAUCAGCGCGGUUACAACAAGAGUGGGCAACCCGAAGGUGUCGAGCAAUAUGCAAUGCCGCUGCUGAUCAGCGAUGUUGCUGCGGUUAUCCAGCACCUUGGACGCGACAGCGCAACUAUCGUCGGCCAUGACUGGGGUGGCGCCGUAGCAUGGCAGUUCGCAUUUUACAUGCCUCAGAUGACCGAGCGCCUGGUCAUAUUGAACCUGCCCCAUCCCAUGGGUAUGGCCAGAGAGAUGGCCAACAACCCCGAGCAGCGGGAAAAUUCAGACUAUGCACGUAAGUUCCGCGAGGGUUCACCCAGCGAUCCAGACAUCAUGUUUGGCGGCCCGAUGAACCCCACCACCCUCGCCGGCUGGGUCAGCGAUCCGGCUGCAAAACCCAUUUACGAAGCUGCGUUCGCGCGUUCAAGCUUUGCUGGCAUGCUGAACUUUUACAAAGCCAAUUACCCUGCACCUCCGGCGCCAGGCACCCCGCCACCAGCGCCACCACCACGAUUGAAAAUGCCGGUAUUGGUUUUUCACGGGUUGAAGGAUACCGCGCUUCAUUCUGAUGGCCUCAACAACACCUGGGAUUGGAUCGAUGCAGACCUCACCAUCGUCACAGCACCUGAGGCCGGCCACUUCGUGCAACAGGACGCAUCCGAUCUGGUGACCACCACCAUGCGCUGGUGGCUCGACGCACGCAUUUUAGGCGGCGGUAUCGGCGCCCGUGUCAACAUCAACCUCGACGCUAUCCGGCAUGCUGAAUCACUGGGCUAUGACUCCGUCUGGACCGCAGAGGCCUGGGGCGGCGAUGCCGUCACGCCUGCCGCCUGGAUACUUGCUCAGACGAGCAAAAUCAAAGUUGGCACCGCGAUCAUGCAAAUGCCCGCACGCACCCCGGCAAUGGCGGCUAUGACCGCUAUGAGCCUCGCCGAACUAUCCGGCGGCCGAUUCAUAGUGGGUCUGGGCGCAUCAGGUCCUCAGGUGAUCGAAGGCUGGCAUGGCGUACCUUACGGAAAACCUGUCACCCGUCUGAAAGAAUACGUGCAGAUCAUGAAAAAAAUCUUUGCGCGACAGGAAAAAGCCACCUUCGACGGAGAGAUUUACCAGCUGCCCUAUAUCGGCCCAGGUGCAACGGGGUUAGGCAAACCAUUAAAGAGUAUUCUGCACUGUGAAGAAGACAUUCCAAUUUUUGCAGCCAACAUAACACCCAGAGGUGUGGCCGCAGCAGCAGAGGUCUGUGAUGGGUUUUUCCCAAUCUGGAUGGAUCCCAGCAAAUAUUCUGUUUUUAAGGACCCUAUCGAACAGGGUUUUGCAAAAGCGGGAGAUAAGAAUCUGACCCAAUUUGAAGUCUCACCCUUUGUGACCGUGAUCAUGGGUGACGAUGUAGAGCAAUGCAUGAUGCCGAUACGCGCAAAUAUGGCGCUGUACAUCGGCGGCAUGGGCGCGCGUGAUAAAAACUUCUAUAACAAUUAUGCCAAAGCCCUGGGCUUCGAAGACGCGGCUGUGAAGAUUCAGGAUCUGUUCCUGGCGGGCAAGAAAGAUGAAGCCGCAGCCGCAGUACCGGCGGAACUGAUUGAUGCCUGCCACCUGGUUGGACCUGCUGAGCGCAUCAGAGAGCGUCUGGCGCCCUGGAAAGCCGCAGGCAGUAAAGGACACGUCGCCUCUAUGUUACUGGGCAGCCAGCAACCCGAAGCACUGGAGUUGAUUGCAUCGGAGAUGUUGUAG